AUGGCGGCCACACUUGGCUUCGGCACCGCGCGCUUGGUACGGGGUCAUGCCCUGAGCCCCCUGCGGCGGCAAUUCGCUGGCGGCGCGGGCGGCGCGCGACGGCCCUCGACGGCGUCGACCCUGCGUCCUCGGACGCCGCCUGGCGCGGCACGCGACUUCUCCUCCGGCCCGUCGGGCCAGCGGCCUCGGUUCUCCCAGCGAUUGGGCGAUGCACUUCGAAAGACAAAGGUUACCUGGUAUCAUAUUCCCGUCGGCCUCGGCGUGGGGUUCCUCGGCUUGGUUCAAUUCUACAAGGUCCAGUCAAGGGAGCGUGAGAAGCAGGAUGGUGGCGACAGGCCCAAGCCCCGACCAAGAAUACAACCAGAAGGACCAUGGCAAGUUCAAGUCAUGUCUACGCUACCCCUCAAGGCUAUAUCUCGCCUCUGGGGACAAUUCAAUGAAUUAACGAUACCAUACUACCUGCGUGUGCCCGGAUUCAAGCUCUACUCUUGGGUUUUCGGCGUCAACCUCUCCGAAGUCUCCGAACCCGACCUGCACGUGUACCCGAACCUCGCCGCAUUCUUCUACCGCACCCUCAAGCCCGGCGCGCGCCCACUCGACCCGGACCCGCAGGUGCUGCUGUCGCCCUCCGACGGCAAGGUCCUGCAGUUUGGGCAGAUUGACGGUGGCAACAUCGAGCAGGUCAAGGGCAUGACGUACACCGUCGACGCGCUGCUCGGCAAGCACACGCCAAGCCCGAGCCUGGCCAGCGGCACGUCAUCGGCGGCUGGAAGCGGCGCAAGCACCCCGAGACCCCGCGACGACGACGUCAUCGGCAAGGACGAGGAGUUUGCCCGCGUCAACGGCAUCUCCUACACGCUGCCGGACUUCCUCACUGGCCAUACGGAGCCCGGCGAGGACGCUGCCACGCACCGCGUCGGCGCCGUCGAGGACCAGUCCACGCAGCCCUCGCCGGCCGCCGUCUCCGAGGUCCGCGCCGACCUCGCCCUCAACGAGCGCGCCUGGUACGACCUCCUGCCGCACGACAAGACCACCUCGCUCUACUACGCCGUCAUCUACCUGGCCCCCGGCGACUACCACCGCUUCCACUCGCCCGCCGCGUGGGUCGUCGAGCGCCGGCGCCACUUUGCCGGCGAGCUCUACAGCGUAUCCCCCUACCUGCAGCGCACGCUGCCCGGGCUCUUCACCCUCAACGAGCGCGUCGCCCUACUCGGUCGCUGGCGCUGGGGCUUCUUCGCCUACGUCCCCGUUGGCGCCACCAACGUCGGCUCCAUCCGCGUCCACUUCGACGCCGAGCUGCGCACCAACAGCCUGCUGACGGACACCGCGGCGGACCGCGCGGCCGCGGAGGCGGCGCGCGACCCGACGGGCGAGCCGUACCUGGGCUUCGCGGAGGCGACGUACGCGGCGGCCAGUCCGGUCCUGGGCGGGCACGCGCUGCGGAGGGGCGAGGAGAUGGGCGGGUUCCAGCUCGGCAGCACGAUCGUGCUCGUCUUUGAGGCGCCGACGACGGCGGCAGGAAAGGCUGACGAGAAGGAGGGGGAGAAGAGGAAGGGCUGGGAGUGGAAGGUUGAAAAGGGACAGACCAUCAAGAUGGGUCAGGCUCUCGGCCGCGUGAACGAAGAUUAA